CAGGGCGGCGCGCUAUGCCGUUGCCAUGGCAGCGGCCUGGGCGCGCCGCUAAGGGUUUCAAGGGAUCCUAGGAGCCGCUGGCGCUCUGGGCGAAGUUUUGUGAGCCGGCCAGACACAGAGCUGAGGCUGCGACGCCGGAGACAGGGAUGGGAGGGCCGCUUGCGGCCAGCCCUACACCUGAACCAGGAAGCCCAGAGCCAGAAAGCCAGGCAGCGGCACGAGCCCCAGACCUCAGAGCCGAGUCCAAGAGGUGGACAUAGUCGGUCACUCCAGCUUCAUGGGCAGACAUCUGUGAGAGCCCCAGGAGCCGUGGGGAUGGCACACCUGCUGGGCAGCCAGGCCUGCAUGGACAGCCUGCGCAAGGACCUCACCGACCUGCAGGGCACCAUUGUGGAAGUGUUCUCCCGGGCUGGGCCUGUGCGUUUCCCAUCCUGGAAGUUCCCUGACCGUUUGGCCUGUGAUCUUGAUAUGGUGGCCCUCCUGGAGCACUACGACCAUGUGCCAGGUGACCCUGAGUUCACACAGUUGUCCCACGCUGUGCUGCUGGAGCUGGUCAUUGACAGGCUCCUGCUGCUGCUUCAGAGCUGUGCCAGCUACCUGGAAAACCUCAGUUUGGAGCAGAUGAUGCCUCCUACCCGAGCAGCAGGACCAUGCAUGUCUGUGGGGCUCACAGUACGCCGCUUCUGGAGCAACCUGCUGAGGCUGGGCAUGCUCUACCAGCAGGCAGUCCCCCAGAAAAGAGCAAACCAAGGGGAGAUUCCUAUCGCCAAGCCCACGGCCAAGGGUGAACCAGCCAGGAGCCCCGAAGGCAUGACUGCCAAGUUCAUCAAGCCUCCUUCCCCAGUGGCAGGCUUGCCCAUGAUCUGCCAAGGGCUACAGAGCAUCCCUGUCAGAGUCUCUCUGCGGGGCCCGGCGGGGACCUCUGAGAAAACCAAGAGCGUCCACUCUCAGACCAUUGAGACAGCCUUGGUGCCCUGUGAUGCUUGCACCAGUGUCCAGGGCAGCUUGUGGGAGGUGGGCAAGGUGGUCAUCAGCCUGUGUCAGAGCCAAAACUUGCCUUCGUCCUUGGGCCAGUUCCAGAAGCUGGUGCAGGACAGCAUGGGGCUGAAGCCACUGCCGGCUGCCACCGUGGGCCACUGGGCAGCAGAGCAGAGCAAAGAUCUGACUCGGCUCAGUAAGCACGUGGGGGCCCUCACCCAGCUUGUGGGGCCCCUCAGGACCCAGCUGGAAGAGGCUGAGGGGCAGAAGGAUGGACUACGGAAGCAGGUGGGCAGGCUGGAGCAGGCCCUGCAGCAGGAGAAAGGAGAGCGACAGCGGCAGACAGAGGAGGCUGAGCGGAGCCUGGCCAAGUGCGAGCAGGACAGGCGCCAGCUGCUCACAGAAACGUGUGACCUAAAGACAAAGGUGGCCAUUCUGGAGGGAGACCUGAAGCAGCAGCAGAAGUCCAUGCAGGCCAUGGCGGCAAAGGCCCAGCGGCUGGAGGAGGAAGGUGAGCGCAGGGCGGCCGCUGAGAAGCAAGUGCAGCAGCUGGAGGAGCAAGUGCAGCUGCUGGCAGGGCGGCUGGAUGGAGCUGGCAAGCAGAUCCGCUGGGCCAGCACAGAGCUGGACAAGGAGAAGGCCCGAGUCGACAGCAUGGUCCGUCAUCAGGAGUCCCUGCAGGCCAAGCAGAGGACUCUGCUCCAGCAGCUGGACAGUCUGGACCAGGAGCGGGAAGAGCUGCGGGGAAGUCUGGAUGAGGCCGAGGUCCAGCGGGCAGAGUUGGAGGAGCAGCUGAAGAGUCUCCAGAGCGACAGGGAACAGGGACAGUGCCAGCUGCAGGCCCAGCAGGAGCUGCUGCGGAGCCUGCAGCAGGAGAAGCAGGACCUGGAGCAGGAAACUACAGACCUGAGGCUGACCAUCUCCGAGCUGCGACGGGAGCUAGAGGAGCUAAAGGAGCGGGAACGACUGCUGGUGGCCUUCCCAGACCUGCACCAGCCCACGGAGGCCCAGACCCACAGUUCUAGCAAUGUCACCCAUGACAUGGAGAGGCAGAUGCAAGCCAAUGAUAUCCGCAUCCAGGUCCUACAGGAAGAGAACAAGCGGUUCCAGUCCAUGCUGACCAAAAUCCGAGAGGUGGCCCAACAGGGAGGCCUCAAAAUGAUCCCGCAGGGCCAGCUCUGGCCCCCUCCCUACAAGGACACCCAGGGAGAGAUAACCUCAGCCCAGGCACAGAGUACAUCCCCAGGGCCCAUGGGCAGACGGCAGUUUUCUGGAAGCCGGACAAGCAGUACAGGCAGAACCCAUCCAGGCGGGCCCCGAGCAUCCCCCUCUCGGCAGCCCAGCAGCUGGCCCAGCAAAGCCUCUCUGGAAGACAGAACCUAUUCAGCCAACUGCACCCAGAACCCCAUCCGGGCCUUGGCCAGGCUCAGGAGGAAACUCUCACCGAACCGAGGUCAGGCUGGCUCUACCUAUCAGCCCCAGGAGCGGCCCACAUAACCCGAAGCAGGGGCAGGGCUGGAGGGCAGGUGGCUAGCAAUCUCCCGUGGAAUAAAAGCCCCAGCCAUCUGCCCACAGCGAUCUUGGCCUCAGCGUGGCUGAGCUGGGGGAACAGACCUUCCCUCUUCGUUGGACAAAGGCUUCUAUGAUCCCACCAGGCAGGUCACUGGCCAAUAGAGGCCUGCCAUUGAGUGGGAGCUUCCUGUCUCCAUCCUAACAGGCACUAUGGGAGAGCACACAGAGAGCACCAUAGAAAGGGCUUGAGGGGUACCCCUGGGUUUUCUGACCAGCACUUAGGGUAGGGCUCGGGGUGUGAGGAUGCAUCUGAAACAAGGACCCAGAGGCCAUGACCUUGUCUCUGGUCCAGCAAGGCAGGCAGGGAACAGCAGUACUUUGCCUUCCACCUUGGUUCUGCAUCUGGUGCAGGCCCCAAGGGCACCAGGUGGCUCACCAAGGAGCUCGCUGCCAUUAGGGACACCAGAGAGGUCCCUCUUCGGUCCUAGAGGUCAAAGGCUCACAAAGCCACCGAAGGUAAGCCCAGGCCUUUGGACACCUUAGCCAGCCAUGGUUUGCUGAGCAUUAGACUUGAGAGCUCACCCAGUUCAGGGUGACAUGGCACUAAGCAAGGAUGUACCAGCCACACCAUGCACACAGUGGUCAUUUUUCUAAAGCAAGCCAUUAGCCUGCCUGGAGUCCCCUUGUUUGUGAAGGACAGGCUCUAAAUUCUUACUGAGGAUUUCUCAGGUCACACUCUGCUGGCCUUCUAGGUGGCAUUAUUUAUUAUGUGAUGAGGAGGCCAUCAGGUUGAGUGCCUCAGUUUACAGUGAAGAGCCAAAGGAAGCCGGAUGUGCAGUGAGCUGGCGUUGGCAGGUCUCCCAACUCCGUCUCUUGACAGCCCAGGGUUUCUGGAGGAAACCGGAUGCUCUGAGUCACUCUGCCAGGGAGAGCCAGCUUUGGACACAGCUCCCUGAGAGAGGCCCUGUUCCCACUGAGCAUCCCAGGCCUCCACUGACUCCUUCCCAAACAGGAGGAUUGAGAGUUCAAGGCUAACCUUUGCUGUAUAGGGAGGACCUGACUCAGACAGACAGAUAGACAGACAGACAGACAAAUAGAGAACAACAGGAAACAAAUAAAAAGUUCAGAAGUCCAGUUUGUUUGGCCAGGUCCUCUGCUCAGAGGUCAAAAAUCAAGGUAUCAUUCAAAAUGUCUCCUUUAGAACACUCUGGGGAAGAGUCCUCUGACAAACUCCUGGCUGUGGCAGAGCUUGAUCCUUAGGCUCAGGCUUUGGGGCUGAGGUCCCCAUUGCCACGCUGCUCUAGCCUGGUUUCUGAUUUGUACCGCCUGUCUUCAAGAAAGCAGUAGAGCCAGGUGGUGGUGGCACGCACCUUUAAUCCCAGCACUCAGGAGGCAGAGGCAGGAAGAUCUCUGUGAGUCUGAGGCCAGCCUGGGCUACAGAGCAAGCAAGCUUCAGGACAGCAAGAGCUACAUAUAGACCCUGGAGAGAGAGAGACAGAGACAGAGAGGAGAAACAGAGACAGGGAGAGACAGAGAGAAAGGGGGGGGGAGGCAGAGAAUGUAUGUCUCCCACACAGAUCCCCCUCCAGUCUCUGACUUGCCUCUGCUUCCCAUGGGCUCCUGUGCUGACCUGAUGCUUUUUCAUUGUCUUGUCACCGUUUAGUGCUGGGAAUCCAACAGGACUUUGUGCAUCUUAGACAAGUGCUCUACCAGUGAGCCAUGCCCCAGCCUUGCCUUUCUCGUCUGCAGGCCGUUUGAUAUAACUUACUCACAGGGGUUAAGCUUCUCAGAGUCAAUGUUGUAAAGAUUACGCAAGGUAUGCUCUCGCAGCAGAGGAAUGCGAGGUUUUGAGGACUGUAAGAAUUCUCCCUGCUCCAAGCAGGAGAAGCCAAGGGGACUGCUAUUUUGUUUGAUUGUUUUGGGGAGGGGCCAAGGCUGACCUCAAACCCACUAUGCAGCCGAGGAUGAUUUUGAACUCCUGAUCCUCUGGUUUCCCUUCUACAAAGAGAUUGCAUGGACUGCCCAGUAGCCCAGUUUGGCCUUGAACUUUUUUGUUUAAUUUUUAAUUAAUUAACUUUUGGUUUUUGGAGACAGGGUUUCUCUGUGUAGCCCUGGCUGUCCUGGAACUUGCUUUGUAGAGCAGGCUGGCCGCGAACUCAGAGAUCCACCUGCCUCUGCCUUCCCAGUCCUGGGAUGAAAGGGGUAUGCCAUUAGGCCCAGCUGGCCUUGAACUCUUAAUCCUCCUGCCUCUGCCUCCAGGUUUCUGGGACUAUCGGCAUAUACCACCACAUACCCAUCUCUUGCUUAACAUCUUAAAACAUCUGCACAGAUUUUAUGUCUUAUGUUAAAAUAUAUUCCAUGUUUAUUUUUCUAUUAAAACUUCCCUACCCAAAUGUUUUUUUAAACGAUGCCCUUGGCAGAUGCACCACAUAUAUUCUGUGGCUUCAAGUAUCCUGGUCAGUAACAUUUAGCCCAACCAAGAAAUACAGCACUAGAUGGUUUCUAAGGCCUCUGGUCCCAGGCAGACUGGAGUCGUCCGGCUGGACAGGCAGCAGGUAGUGGAGGAGGUUCAUUUGAACAUUAUACCUUUGAUUUGACCAAGCUAUAGCCUGGGGUCAUGCCAGCGGGUCCCAUAGCCACACAUCUUUCCCUCAAUCUAUCCCCCAAUAAAUAGCAUAAAAUUCAAUCACAGAAGCCCCAGAAUGCUGGAGACAGAUGUAGUGGCCAUGUUUUCUUUCCCUCCGGGUUCUGGGAGCUGCCUAUAAGAGCAGACAGAUAUCCCAAGGUUGCAGAGAAGGGCUCUAAUGAUUUCUCCUUGCCUGAUGGGUCCUGGCUCUGUGGCUUCAGCCUGGGGCUGUGAGUCCCUCCUAUCCACCAUGGGUAUGGCGGGGUCUUGACUUUGCCCAUAGGGCUAGUUGAUCUGUCCAACCUACUAUCCUGUAGUGUAGGCUGGGAAGGGUCCAUCCCAAAGUGUAGAAACUCCACUUGGGCAGUUAGUCAUCUGAGUAAUGGUUCCCUGUAGGGGAGAAAGAAGAACAGGGAGAGGGAUCAGGUGGGGCUGGCGGCUAGCCCAGGACUCCCCUGCCCCUGAUGCUCACCCAGGACAUUGAACUUGCAUAGUGGGCAGGUCUGCUGUAGCAUCAGCCAGGGGUCCACGCAGUCUCGGUGGAACUCAUGCUUACAGGGCAGUACCCGGAGCCACUACAGGGUGGGGGAGGGGCACAGGCUCUAGAUCAGAUCUAGACCCGUGCCCUUGGCCUGGGCUAAGCGCUGAGCACUCCUGGGCCUUCCCCAUUAUGUUAGCCAUAAUGAGGACCGGAAGAAGGUCCUGGUUGGAGUAUUGAGGGUCUCAGGAGCAGGAUCUGGGAUGCCACAGGUCAGCUGGUGGCUGACCUUGCCCAGGCACUAACCUGCUUGUUACAGAAGUUAUCUAGACAAACAGCACAAGUCUCAGUGCCGGGCUCUGGAAGGCUGUGGGCUGUCCUGCUCAGCCGGCAGCGCCGGGUCUUGAGGGAUGCUAGUCUCCGAACCACGCGGCGCUUAAACAAAUCCCCCUGUGGGAAAAGGAUGGCCACAGUCUUGCAGGCCCAAGGGCUGUGGGCACCAGGGCCUCCACAAUCCGGCUCCCACCUGGCCUCCAGGCUCCUGCUGGUUCUGUCUUGAUGCCUGCCGCUGGGCCUGAACCACAAGGCCUGUGCACAAGAGCAUGGCCACAAGCAAGAUGGCGUUCCAGAGCUGCUGCAGGGGCUUCUGGGGAGGGAAGAGGAUGUCGGGGGCUCUGGGGCGGCUCCACAUGCGUCCCCCAGGAGUCGCCACCCCCAGGAACACUGGUAACAAUGCAGGUGACAUGCACGGAGGGCCUGUCUCUGCAGGCUCCACCCCACCUACCCACAUGCUUCUCAGGGUCUGCCCCAGCUGCGCGGAGCCACAUCUGUCCUUAGUCCUUUGCUACUCUGUUCCCAGUGUAGAUUUCCUCCUGGUAUGUUCUCAGUCUCUACCAUCCCCCCCCCCCCCCAAUCUAAGCUGACGUUCAGCCCUGAAGCUGCAGACGCUGGUACGCCUCUAUCCUGCGAUCAUUUCUCUCUCCAACCACCAGCACACAGACCCCAGCCCCAUCCAGGGACUCGUGCGGCAAUCUGACAACACCAUGCCCUCCUUCACUGUCUUCUCCCUCGUCAUGUCCACGCCCUGCCCCAUCCCCCCCUCUUGAAAACUGUUUGCCCUUGCCCUUGGCCUUUCAACACUUUUGGCCUACUGUUCCAGGAGCACACCCCGCCCCGCAGGGUGAGUAUGCCCCCUGCCCAGCCCUCCUAAUACCCACUGACCAUGGGCUGCCUUGAUGCUGCCCUGGGUAGUCGUCAAGGCCCUUUCAGUGCCUGAGAACAAAGUCUGACAUGGCCACAUUGUAGCCUCCGUCUUUGUGGGAUGAAACUGAGGAGGCAGAGUAAGCAAGCCACAUGGGCUCUCCCACACAGGUGCGCUGUUUCCCACAGAACUUAGCUGUGCUGUAACUAAUAAACACCGUCACUUAAAAACUCA